UCUCUUUUCUUUCAGAAGUUCAAUACAAAAAAUUUAAGAGAGAGAGAGAGAGAGAGAGAGAGAGAGAGAGAGAGAGAGAGAGAGAGAGAGAGAGAGAGAGAGAGAGAGAGAGAGAGAGAGAGAGAGAGAGAGAGAGAGAGAGAGAGAGAGAUGGACAGUGAUGAUGAAUAAUAAAAUGAUGAAUGAUGAUGAAAUAAAGUGAGAGAAUAAAAAUAGGAAAAAGAGAGAAAAAAGAAACAGCGAGAAGAACAAACGAAGUGAAGAGUGAAUUAGAAAAAAAAGGGGAAAAUAAAGACUUAGAAAAGAGACGUACAAAAAAUAAAUAAAUAAAGAAAAGGAAAAGGAAAAGAAAAAAAUACAUAAAUAAAUAAACAAAUAAACGAAAAAAACACAUGUAAGAAAAACAACAACAACAACAACAACAACAACAACAACAAAAAUAACAGCAAAAACAAAAUGGCGAUUCUCAAUUCUUGCUGUUGCUGGAAAUCCGUAAGAAGGGGAAGUUUUGCUGUGGCUGUGUACUCUGUGCUGUACUAUUCCGUGCUGGCGUGGUUCCUGUGGCCUGCAGGAGACACCAGUGGCAGUGUGAUUUUGCAAGAGGAGGAGAAGGGAGAGGAUGCCAUCACCCACCUGAGCCGGCCAAUGUUCAUCCUAUCAAUCACGGGCCUGCUUACCUGUUUCCUGCUCCUCCUCGGCCUCUGCAAGGACAAGGCGUGGCUGCUGCUCCCGUGGAUCAUAGUGCAAGUGUCUGUGGUGGUAGGAGACGUGGUGGCUGCAGUGUACCUCGUGUGGGUGCAGGAGCUCACUUCUUACGCAGCCAUAACAUUUACAUUAGACUUCUUCCUGCUGGUUCUCAAUCUUUACGCCAUUCUCUGUGUCACGUCUCAGUAUCAGGAAUAUAGAGCGGGAAGAGGAACAGCAAGAGAUGAGGAGGUGCUGUCGCCCCCGGUCAUCAGAUACACUCGCCAGUCCACGUGUCACAGCGGGCUGGAGACAAACAGACGCACAGGUGUUCACGAGGCAGGUGUGAGCGUGUCAAUUAAUGGAAUCCACACAAAUCAGCAGGACGCGGGGGGAGGCCUGGCAGCUUCCUCCUCCCCCCUCCUCAUCCCCCACACGUGUAGACAUCAAGAAGCAUGUGCAGUUUCCCACGCACACACAAGCAAAGGAAACAGAACAAAGACAAGAAGAAAACAAGAACAAAGAACAAGAAGAAGAAGAACAACAAAAAGAAGAAGAAAAGCAGGAAGAGGAAGAGGAAGAAGAAGAAGAAGGAAGAAAAACAAGAAAUGGAAGGAAAAGAAGAGAAAACCGAAAACAAAAUCUCCUCUUCUUCUUCUUCCUUCCCUCUUCCUUCCUCCUCCUCGUCCUUCCCUCCUCCUUCUUCCUCCUCCUCCCCUUCCUCCUCCUCCCCUCCCUCACCCCCCAGAUCUACCCCCAGGAUGCUCCUCUUUUGAAAAUAACGAGAUAUUGAGCUUCUUUAACGCAAUACAGCCAUUUAAGAUACAACACAACAACACAAUUACCAGGAAAGGUGUUGAGAGCUCGCCAGGUGUUUCAAAUUUGCAGGUGUGUGUUUUGGCGCAAGUGUGUUGUGUUGACUUAGGUUUGUUUUGCGUGUUUGUGUUGCGGGGGUGGUUUGUGUGUGUGUUGCGUGCAUUUAUUGGGGUGUGUGUGAAUGAGUGUCCCAAAUAUGGUGGUGUGUUUGUGUUGCAUUGUCUUGUUUUGCGUGUUUUGUGUUACUUGGGUGUUUUGCAAGGUGUGUUUCUGAGUGUUGCGUGUGUUGGUGGGAGUGUGUCUGAGUGUGUUGCAUCUAGAAGUGUUAUGUUGUAGUGUUGUGUUUUGAGUUACGAGGUUGUGUUGAUUAAGUAAUGCGAGAAUUGAAUGACGUCUCGAAAUGAAAAAAGUUUGUGUGUGUGUGUGUGUGUGUGUGUGUGUGUGUGUGUGUGUGUGUGUGUGUGUGUGUGUUGCAGGGAGAGAAAUGAUUGUGAUGUCAGAUUUGAAAAGUUUUGAAGGGAGGCGAUAAAAAAUUGAUGGCUUACCUAACAUAUUGAGUCGAGAUAAAUAUAUGAGAGGAAAAGAAAAAAAAAUAAUGAAAACUCAAAAUAAAUAAUAAUCAGUCUGAACAGGUUCGUGAAAAUAAAGAAAAAAUAAUAAAAAAAAGUCAGUUGUAAAAUAUUAGUCAAAAUAAAAAAAUAAAAAAACUACAUACGAUAAUAUUAAUGAACACAGUAAUCAGCUCAGGAAGAAUAAAAACUGUGGUGUUGCGAGGCGUUGCAACACUUAAUGAGGCUGACAGGUGAUGCAGGUGAGGUGUUGCGAGGAAUUGGUAGGACAAGCAAAAACAAACUGAUUGCUUUCGAAAUAUAAGCUUAUUUGAAGUGUUGAAUGUUUUUUUAUUUUUUUAUUUGGUUAUUUAUUUAUUUAGGUAGGCAGGUAGUAAGUCUGUUAGUUAAAUCCCUUGUUCUUUCUUUCUUUCUUUCUUUCUUUCUUUAUUUAUUUAUUUAUUUAUUUCUUACUUUACAUUCUCAGUAAUAGGCGAAGAGUCAGAGUUUAGCAGUGCAACGAAUGAAAUAAUGAAACUACUGGCUAACUCUUGCACUAGUGAGGUGGACAGAAUAGUGAUGAAGGAGUGAAACUACUGAUUAACUCUUGCACUAGUGAGGUGGACAGAAUAGUGGUGAAGGAGUGAAGCUACUGGUUAACUCUUGCACUAGUGAGGUGGACAGAAUAGUGGUGAAGGAGUGAAGCUACUGGUUAACUCUUGCACUAGUGAGGUGGACAGAAUAGUGGUGAAGGAGUGAAGCUACUGGUUAACUCUUGCACUAGUGAGGUGGACAGAAUAGUGGUGAAGGAGAGUAGCUACUGGUUAACUCUUGCACUAGUGAGACGGACAGAAUUGUGGUGAAGGAGUGAAGCUACUGGUUAACUCUUGCACUAGUGAGGUGGACAGAAUUGUGGUGAAGGAGAGAAGAUACUGGUUAACUCUUGCACUAGUGAGGUGGACAGAAUAGUGGUGAAGGAGUGAAGCUACUGGUUAACUCUUGCACUAGUGAGGUGGACAGAAUAGUGGUGAAGGAGAGUUGCUACUGGUUAACUCUUGCACUAGUGAGGUGGACAGAAUAGUGGUGAAGGAGUGAAGGUACUGGCUAACUCUUGCACUAGUGAGGUGGACAGAAUAGUGGUGAAGGAGAGUAGCUACUGGCUAACUCUUGCACUAGUGAGGUGGACAGAAUAGUGGUGUAGGAGUGAAGCUACUGGUUAACUCUUGCACUAGUGAGGCGGGCAGAAUAGUGGUGAAGGAGAGUAGCUACUGGCUAACUCUUGCACUAGUGAGGUGGACAGAAUAGUGGUGAAGGAGAGUAGCUACUGGCUAACUCUUGCACUACGGAGGUGGACAGAAUAGUGGUGAAGGAGAGUAGCUACUGGUUAACUCUUGCACUAGUGAGGUGGACAGAAUAGUGGUGAAGGAGAGUAGCUACUGGCUAACUCUUGCACUACGGAGGUGGACAGAAUAGUGGUGAAGGAGAGUAGCUACUGGUUAACUCUUGCACUAGUGAGGUGGACAGAAUAGUGGUGAAGGAGAGUAGCUACUGGCUAACUCUUGCACUAGUGAGGUGGACAGAAUAGUGGUGAAGGAGAGAAGCUACUGAUUAACUCUUGCACUAGUGAGGUGGACAGAAUAGUGGUGAAGGAGAGUAGCUACUGGUUAACUCUUGCACUAGUGAGGCGGACAGGGCAGAGUUUACUUGUGGAAGGGAUGAAGGAAUGAAGCUCUGGCUAAAUAAAAGUAAAUUAAUGAAGGUCAAUUGAGUUUCAGUGUUUGUGUUGACUUAGUGAAUAUUUCAGAGUGUUGCAGCAGUGAAGUCUGUAAUGAUGUAAUAUGCGCUGCGUGUGUGUGCGUGUGCGUGUGUUUGUAUUUUUCAUCUUAUCGUCGUCAAACUGAAAACACUCACUAUUAAUAACAUAACUUGCCUCUCUCCUAGAAUAUAAUUUUCUCCAUUUUUUUUCUUUUUUCUUCUUUUUAUUUGAAAAGAUAAUGCAAUAUUUAAAUCAUCACCUCGUUUUUCAGUGGUUUUUUCUUUUUCUUACAGUUUGCGACAUUCAAGUUCAUUUUCAAUAUUCCAGUUCAGUUAUUAUAUUUUUUCUAUUUUUUAUUAUUGUCAUUCUAUUAUUACCAUUAUUCUAUUCUUCUUUUUCUAUUAUUUUUAUUCUGUGAUAUUUUUCUUGAGAGAGAGAGAGAGAGAGAGA